AGAGAAGAAGCCGUGGCUCACAGCACAUCGUUCCCAGCACAACUCAAGAUGGAUGAAUCAAACUUCACUGGGAUCAGUUCUAACAUCUCUUCCCCUGGAUUACCUCAGCCCUCUUGGAAUCAACGCGGUCUGAUCCCUGCAGUAGUGCUAUCUUUCUGCUUUCUACUUGGAGUUCCUGGAAACAUUGCUGUGAUUAUACUCAAGCCUAACUGGGAACAUCUGUCCAGUAUGAGCCAGAGUUUAAUGCUAUAUCUGACCAUUUCUGAUCUGAUUUGCCUGCUUACCCUUCCACUGUGGAUUUACAACUUAGUCCUUGGGUGGACAUUCGGCCUUGUAGCCUGCAAAGCUCUAGCAUACCUUGUGUACUGUACAGUUUAUAGCAGCCAGUUGACUGUGACUGCGUUGAGCAUCCAGCGCUACCUUAUUGUUGUGCGUGGACGGCAGUGCCAUGUACAAAAAGGUACGCUGUUGGUUCUGCUUUGGCUGGCAGCUGUUACUUUGUGCAUCCAUGCUGUGGUGACUGUACAACUAACGAAAGAUGGCCAAUGGAUCCGUUGCCUACCUCAUUAUUCUUCUGAGACAGAGUGGGUGGCUGUGCUGGUAAUUGAGAACCUGUAUGGACUUGUUACAUUUUCACUUGUCGCAUUUUCAUAUGUAUGCCUCCACAAGAAGGUUAACCGGGCAGCCUUUUUCAACAAUCCACAGACAACCAGGCUGGUUAUUAGUAUCAUUGCAAGCAAUUUUAUUCUGUUUGCUCCAGUUCAUGUGGUCAAUGUGCUGGGCGUGUUGGCGAUAAGUCUUAAAAACAAGAAGCUACUGAAGUUUUGUGCAGACAGUUGGAGUGUAGCCAAGUCCUUUACAUUUAUAAAUAGUUCCCUAAAUCCACUCUUGUAUGCUUUUAUUUCUACUAAAUUAUGUCGUCUUUGCCCAAAGGACUCUCCGCAUCCAGAUGAGGGAACUCCUCAAACACCUGACAUUGCUACAAUUGCAGAACUAUGA